CGGCAUCGAGGGGGGCUGGGAUUUGCGAUCCGAUUGUGCAACCGUCGUAGUCGUCUUCGUCCGGUUAGUUUGCAACUGAGGCUCGGAAAUGAAGAACGAAGCAAUUUCCUUGGCACUAUCAUCGCUCCUACCGCUCCUGUUUGCAACAGGAUGCAUCGUUCAGGCAGCGGUGGAUAUAUUCUCCGGAAUGGAGUCUUCCACGGAGUUGUCUGCGGAAGCCCCCGAGCCUGAGGCAAUGGAAGAACAUAACCAUGGCCUUCAGACGUGCGUCCCGGACGUCUACGCCGACGAAUCGUUCAAAUUUGACCAUCAGAUUCUUACGCUAGAUACGAUAAACAGUUCGUUGAAGGCGAUUCCCAAGCCGCCUCCGAUGCCAAAGCUUCCGCAGACGUGGAGUCGCUUCACGAACAUUUUCCAGCUGCCCAGAUUCUCCGAAAUGGGCCAGGAGUUCAGGGACAUCGUCGAUCAGUAUCGUACCGUGGUGCAGGCCUACGUCAACCAGUGGAUGGGACUGUUCAAGCAACGUUACCAGUCGUCGGUCGAGAAGGUUCAGGCCACCGUUCGGCGGAUCAAUCAGAACAUUCACGACUCGUUUGCGGAACAUUUUGAGGAGUUCCACGAUGUGUGUCUUCCGGAUACGGACCAGUGCCUUCAAAGCAUGCGCAAGGGUAUUGAGAGUUACGAUCAACGGUUGAACGAGAAUAUGGAGGCUUGCGGGGAGUUUGCAAAGCGUCAGGUGGAACAACACGAGCAGUGGGUGAAGAAUGAGCAGGAGGUUCUGGAAAGGCCGUUUCUGCGGGUGGAGGAUUGUUUCGGUAGAGGGCGCGUUGGAGAGAGUUUGGCAUCGUGCGUGGGUAAUAUGGUGGGAAAUAUUGUGAAAGCCUCGACCGAUGGCCUGAAGCGGUUUUCCAACACCAUGGCAGCGGCAUCCAGAAGCCUGUCGACACGUUUGGGAAAGUUCCAGGAGUGCGUAGUCAAUCGGAAGAAGCUGCUGGACCAGGGUCAGGAGCGGAUUGCCGACCGCGCCAAGAAGUGCCUUCGUCGGAAGCAGACGGGGGCCAAGGAUGGGGAUGUUUUCGGAGGAGGUGGUGACUUUGAGGACGAGGGGGUGUUCUGAUAAUGGUCAGUAGCAGGACAAUAAUGAAGGAAAACAAACGGUGAGGUUAUUAAUAUUAA